GGGCGGGGGGGGGGGGAAGGAGGCAGCGCCGCGUCCUCCCUCCGUGAGGCGGCUGCGGGGGGCAGGUAGAGCAGGUAGAGCAUCAGCCGCGCCCGCCCAGGGCGUGAGCCUUCCUCCGCCCGAGCCGCCCGCCUGGGCGCGUCACGGGCGGCCGGGGCGGCCCCCUGGCAGCGCCGUCGCCUCACUCAGGGGCCGUGGAGUCUCCGGCCGCAUCGCCGCCGAACGAAGGCGCAUCCGUCCCCGCAGCCGAGGCGGGGCUGGGCACGGCGGAGGGGUGACCCCGGGAGGCGGUGGGGAGGGAAGCCGCCGGGCCGCGGCGGGGACCAGCUCCGGCUCCGCGAGCAUCGCCUGUGGCGGCGUGCGUUUCCUUAAGGUGCGGUGGGGGAGAUCGGCGAUUUUUAAGACGACGUUUUAUAUUGAUUUUUGGGGGGCGUUUUUGGAACCUCUCUCUGGGCUCCUGUGGCAGCCCAGCGAGGGGAGGCUUGUCCCUCUACAGGGUUUGGUGGAGCUCCUUGUUUUUUCAUUGUGAUCUCCCUCCCUUCCAUCGCAAAGGAAGUGUUUGCAUUUCUGUACGUACAUUUAUUCGUAACUCGCGCAAAACCCCCUUUUGGGCAGCAUCCGUCGACGGGAAAGCUUUGGAGGAAGCAACCAGGAACAGUGACCAGUCACCUCACGAUGUGGACCUUUCUGGGUAUCGCCUCCUUCAUCUACGUGUAUAAAAAGUGUGGAGACCUCAUGACUUACGCUAAUAAGGAGGUGCUACUCUCCGUGUUAGUGUUUUUCUCCCUCGGCUUGCUGCUGUCGUACAGGUACCAUUUCAGGGGGCCCAAGCAGCAGCAGCAGCAGCAGCGGAAGAAGACCCAGCUGGGGAUGCUCUCUGACGUUCUCUCAACUUUACCACUUGUUGGCUUCUUCUGGGCCAAACCCACCCCAGGAUCUCAACAAGUUGAACAGCCCAAAUCCAGAAAGGGUAAAAGAGAAGUAAACUUCCCAGAUGUAUAUCUGACAGAGACUGCUCCAAAUGCAAUAUUAUCACCUCAAUACAAUCCAGAAAUUAUCAUUGUGGGAUCAGGCGUCCUUGGUUCUUCCUUGGCCGCAGUGCUCUCGAGGGAUGGAAGAAAGGUGACUGUGAUAGAGAGGGAUCUGAAAGAACCUGACAGGAUAGUUGGAGAAUUGUUGCAACCUGGAGGUUUUAAUGCACUUAAAGAGUUAGGUCUUGAAGAUACAGUAGAAGGUAUUGAUUCACAAACAGUAAAUGGUUACAUAAUUCAUGACAUGGAGAGCAACUCGGAGGUUGAAAUUCCUUAUCCAAUGUCUGAGGAUGGCCGUGUGGCAAGUGGAAGAUCUUUUCAUCAUGGCCAGUUCAUCAUGGGUCUCCGAAGGGCAGCUAUGGCAGAGCCCAAUGCAAAAUUCAUUGAGGGGACUGUGUUACAGUUGCUUGAGGAAGAUGACUGUGUCGUGGGUGUUCAGUACAGGGACAAAGAAACUGGAGACACUAAGGAACUUCAUGCACCACUUACUGUUGUAGCUGAUGGACUUUUCUCCAAGUUUAGAAAAAACUUGGUCUCCAACAAAGUUACUGUUUCAUCCCAUUUUGUUGGUUGCAUUUUGAAGGAUGCACCACAGUUUAAAGCUAAUUAUGCUGAACUUGUUUUAGCUAAAACUAGUCCAGUGCUAAUCUAUCAGAUUUCUUCAACUGAGACUCGGGUCCUUGUUGAUAUUCGAGGGGAAAUGCCAAAAAAUUUAAAAGAAUACAUGAUUGAAAAUGUUCAUCCACAACUACCUGAUCACUUAAAGGAACCAUUCUUAAUAGCAGUUCAGAAUGAUCGUUUAAGGACUAUGCCAGCCAGCUUCUUGCCUCCUUCAGCUGUAAACAAAAAAGGUGUUCUUCUUUUAGGUGAUGCAUAUAAUAUAAGACACCCUCUAACUGGUGGAGGAAUGAGUGUUAUUUUAAACGAUGUUAAAAUAUGGAGAAGUUUGCUCCAGGAUAUUCCAGACCUUUAUGAAGAUUCUGAUGUUCUUAAGGCAAAAAGAACAUUUUACUGGUCAAGAAAAAAAUCUCAUUCUUUUGUAGUGAAUGUUCUUGCCCAGGCACUUUAUGAACUCUUUGCUGCCACAGAUGAUUCCUUGCACCAGCUAAAGAAAGCCUGUUUCCAUUACUUCAGACUUGGUGGAAAAUGCGUCUCGGGUCCUGUUGGAUUGCUAUCUGUGUUAUCUCCUAAACCAAUGAUACUGAUUGGCCACUUCUUUGCUGUGGCAUUAUACGCUGUUUAUUUUUGCUUUAAGACCGAAUCCUGGAUCACCACGCCUCGAGCAUUUUUCAGUAGUGGAGCUAUUCUUUACCGGAGUUGCUCUAUAAUAUUUCCACUUAUUUACUCUGAAAUGAAGUAUUUAGUCUAUUAAAAUCCAGGGGGAAAUGACUGGAGGAAGAAAACAUGAAAAUCACGAUGCCUUCAAAAUCUUUGGACAUGUACUAUUUAAUAUUGUGUUUUCUUCUCUUCGAAAUGCGAUUUCCUUGAUAAGGAUUUGACUUAAUUUUGGUUUUGUGGUUAUAUACAUAUAUAUUAUAUGUAAAUUUUCUUUUCUUUAAAAUUAAAGUUCAAAAAGGAGUUAGCUGUUUACAAGGACUAUAAUUAAGUGUUGACAUGUGGUAGAUAAUUGCCAGUUUUGUCAGAAUUUCAUUCCUUGCUUUAUCCAUUGCCAAGUGCUCCACUAAUAUUAAUAAACUGAAAAGUGAAAACUGUAAA